UUAUGUAAGAAUUUUUAUAAGUAGUGCUCUAAUGUAAUCUUCAGUCUAAGUAUUUUACUCAAAACUUGUAUAUUUUACGUAACAUAUUUAGACUUAAAUAACUUUAGAAAUAUCUGUUCAAGUCAGGAAAUUGAAAUCUAAAACACAUUCAACCAAAACUGAUUUUGUGUUAAGCUCUAAAUACAGAAAAAGCAAUAUGGCGGACGAUUUGGAUGACAAUUUUUGGGUCAAAGAAGACAUCAGUGAUGAGAAGAUUGAAACCAAAGACGAGAAUGAAAAUACUCAUUCUGGGAGUAACAAGAAAAGUAAUAAACGAAAAGUAAAGAAAAGAAAACUGAAAGAUCUAACGAAUGAGAAUAAGCACGAAUCACCUGCGGUGGAGAGCAAGAAAAAAAAGAAGAAAAAGAAAAAUUCUUGCGCAGUGGAGGAGAUCGAAAAUUUACCACCUACUGUCACCCUGCUGUGGGAUUUUUUUGAAUCAGAACUGAACAAAAGCUUGACAACAUUAGAAAUAGAAGAUCUAAAACCCAGCAACGAUGAUUGGUUUUUGGACGAAAGCACCUCAGAACGAGACACAAAAGAAAUGUCUGCUUAUCUAUCAAAUGUUAUAUCAGAUUGGACAGACAAAUGUGUGAAAUUAACAGAAGAUGAUUUGCAUAGUUCACCAAUACUUUUAAUAGUCACGCUUUCAGCUAUCAGAGCAGUGGAUGUGUUAAGAGCUACUUCAACUUUUCGCGGCGAAAAAUGUAAAACGAUGAAAUUAUUCGCCAAACACAUAAAGGUUAAUGAGCAGUUGGAACGAUUAAAAACUAAUGUUGUUCACCUUGGUGUUGGAACACCUAACAGAAUAUCCAAACUCAUAGAAGAGGGUGGCAUCAACACAAAACGUUUAAAAUACGUCAUCAUAGACUGGUCGUGGAAAGACUUAAAGCAACGUCGCAUCACUUCAAUGCCAGGUGUUAAAGACGAGUUACUUUCGCUCUUUAAAACUUAUUUUUUACCGAGAUGCAAGAAAAACAAAUUAUGGGUCGGGUUGUUUUAACAAAAAAUAAAAUUUUAAGCUAAAUCUUUUUUUGUCUUCGUAAAUUAUCCGCGUCAAUUCGCCCAACUUUUCAUCUG